AUGUCUUUGUCGAAAACCGCGGGUUUGCUUCUCGCCUCGGCUGCGCUGGUCGCAGGCCACGGCUACGUUACGAGCAUUGACGUUGAUGGCACUACUUACGGCGGAUAUCUGAUCGAUACGUAUUACUACGAAUCCGAUCCUCCCGAGAUCAUUGCGUGGUCCACCACUGCUACCGAUGACGGCUUUGUUGCUCCCAGCGCGUACGACUCAUCUGACAUUGUCUGUCAUCGCGGUUCAGCUCCCGCAGCACUAUCUGCGCCGGUUGCCCCCGGCGGCUCCGUGAAGAUGACCUGGAGCACUUGGCCAGAUGACCAUCAUGGCCCAGUGAUUACCUACCUCGCCAAAUGCGAUGGCGACUGCGCAGAUGUGGAUAAGACCACACUGGAGUUCUUCAAGAUCGAUGCGGGUGGACUCAUCAGCGAGACUGCCAUUCCUGGAACCUGGGCUAGCGAUAAGCUCAUCGAGGAUAGCUUUAGCCGGACUAUGACUAUCCCAUCUGAUAUCGAGGCUGGCAACUACGUUCUCCGUCACGAAAUUAUCGCACUUCACAGCGCUGAGAACACCGACGGUGCCCAGAAUUACCCCCAGUGCAUCAACCUGAAUGUGACAGGCAGUGGUACUGCCAGCCCCAGCGGAACUCUUGGAACUGCUCUCUACAAGGCCAGUGACCCGGGUAUCUUUGUUGAUAUUUGGAACACUCUCAGCACUUAUGAUAUCCCUGGUCCCACACUUUAUACCGCCGGUGGAGCUGCUACUGCCACUGCUGCCGCAGCUACAUCGACCUCAACUUCCACCGAAGCUGCUGCUGCUGUUGAGACUACCACUGCUGCUGCUGCCACUGCCGCCGCUGUGACGAGUGUGGCUGCUUCUUCUCCUUCCGAUCCCACGGAGUCAGUUCCGCAAGUCGUUGCUGUCGCUAGUUCUCCUUCCACUGCUAGCACCUCUGCCUCUACCUCCACCUCCGGUGUUCUCAGUGGGUCGUGUAACCAGGAGGGAUACUGGUAUUGCAAUGGUGGUUCUGCUUUCCAACGCUGUGUCAACGGAGAAUGGGAUGCUUCUCAGAGCGUGGCUGAGGGAACACAGUGCACUGCUGGAAUAUCUGAAGAUCUUACCAUCUCUACCACGGUGCAGCGCCGACAGGCUUCCCACCUUCGUCGCCACAACGCUCGCAUCGACCACGUGUAUUGA